UGGGCAAUAAAAGUCCAAGUCUUUGCUCAGAAUUGAGGGUAACUGGGCUUUUGGAGUGGACAGUCUCAGCUGAAACUUCACAUGUUUAUGUGUAAUUUCAUGCAGACACACCCAAGCCAAAGGGAAGUCAGAAUUAGGAAAUGCCGGACUUGGCUGCGAUGGCUGCGGGGCUGACGAGAAACUGCUAACGUCCAUGUGGAGCCACUCUAGGGUUUAUAAGAACAUAAUGGAUGGAGAAGAGAAAACCCAUGGUGGCCGUGAAGGCCCUGAUGCCGUGUAUGUCAAGUCGAUGUCUUCUGAUGGUCAUGAAUGUAUUGUAAAAAGAGAACAUGCACUAACCUCAGGAACAAUAAAAACCAUGGUGAGUAGCCCAGGUAAGUUUGCUGAAAAUGAAACUAAUGAGGUCCAUUUUAGAGAGAUCCCUUCACAUGUGCUAUCAAAAAUAUGCAUGUGUUUUACCUACAAGGUUCGCUACACUAACAGCUCCACUGGGAUUCCCGAGUUCCCAAUUGCACCUGAAAUUGCACUGGAACUGUUGAUGGCUUUGAACUUCCUAGAUUGUUAA